AUGGAGAGAGCCACGACGAGACAGCACCGGCGCUCGCCCCCGAAGUUGACACAGGCUGUCGACUCUGGGGAGCCGGUCAGUCAGCGUGAUGGAACUCGAGCCGGCCUGGGCCGAUGGUUCGGUGAGAAGGUAAGCCCUAUCAAGGGCAAGCGACAGAGUGAAGAUGUCACGGUAAGGGAUCGGGAUGCCCAGCCUAAGCCGUCUCCUCGACGUCCUGCUAGACCCCCUAUCAAGCAAAGUCCUGCGUCGUUCUCUCAUUUCCCCGGGUUUAAAGAAGCACGCCCUCCGACGCCUCCCCCGAAGGACUACAGACCAACAGCCCCUCAUGCCCCAAAACCUGUCGCCCUUCCGCUACCUCGCACUCCCCAGGUACCCAUAAAGUCGCCAAGAAUGAACCGUAAGAAUCUUGGUCGACCUGGCGAGGCACUUGGAUCGCACCCAGUCGCGCCUUGGCUUGAUAGUAUGGCACAAAGGAUGCCAAGAAUAAUGCCUACCAAGCGCGAGCUCGUGCCGUCUGCGACCCGGGAGCACAAUCGACGAGCGGUAGUCUACCCAGGAGAAGACAUGUCCCACAUCGUCAUCAAAGAGCCUCGAUUAUCCUCUGAGCUUUUAGCUGAGCGUCGGCGAGGCCAGUAUUUCUCCCAAGGUCAACCUAACUUCCACGAGUUCCCGGACCCAACGGCCUGGGAGGAUGACGACGACGAUGAAGACGAGGAGGAGUACGACGAUGGGCAGUAUUGGGAGGACGCCGGGUUCGACGACGAGCAGUCCGAGCCCGAGACUGAGGUAUCGGAGCUCAAGGGCUCACCGGUCGCCAGGCCCGGCAUUCCCGAGAUAUGGGUCUAUCCGCCAUCAGAUGGCACGAUCGAGCAGGGUAAGUCAGAAGGCCCCAGUCUCACCGCCGAACACGCCUACAAGCGCAUCUGCGAGGAGCAGCAGCGCGAGCUCAGCCGCCUGAAGUGCUCUAUGGAGGAGUUGGCGCCACUGGCAUGGCUAAUCAUCGACGCGCAGAGAAUCCUCCCCGGCGACGGCCGAGACCUCGCGACCGCCCUGAAGGACAUCAUCGAGGACAGCGAGAAGCUCGCCGAGCUGAGGCCUAUGGCGACGGCGCUCGCUAGGGACCAGGGGUUGGAGCAUGUCGGCUUCGGCGAGUAUCUGCGCGGGCUGCAGAACGUGUUUGCUGACCGGGACGAGGCGAAGCGCGCUGCUGCGCGUCAUAAGAAGAUGAGAUUGAGGGCGGAGCAGCACGUCCGGGACCUGCAGGACGGCAUCAAGUUUUAG